GGAGGGGCCAGGUGGUUGCUAAAGAAGCCGCUUCCCCUUGAUCACCAGCGACGCUUGCGUUCGUCCUACUUUGUCCGGAGGAAGGUAUUGGAAUGCCAUUACCUCUCUUUCAACCUGACAAGGGUGAUCUAUCUCAUUCCAGAAGUCAAGGACAGGUAUUUCUUCCUGAUCCUUUUCAUUUUUCAGCUUGCCUGGAAAAGGAACUCCCAGAGCCAAAUCCAGAUCCUAUUAUUGGAUUUAUGGAAAAGCCAGAAAAACAGGAAAGUCAUUCUGAAGAACUGUCAUCAUGCUAUCCAAGUAAACCACAAGAAAAUAAUCAACCAUGGAGUACAAGUGAAAUUGAAGUGAACUGGAUGAAACAAGAUACCCAAAAUGAACAGACUGAACUGGAGAGAAAACUUCAGGAAGCUGAGAUUGCUGCUAAUUCUGUAGUGUCACUGAUACCAUUAUUUAAAGACUUCCUUGCUGGGUUUAAUGGUGAAAGUGUGAACAGUUCAAUUGACAUAUUGAAGGCCAAGUUAGCUGAUAAUGAACAUGAAAAUAAUGUUCUUAAAAAGAAAGUUCUAGAAAAGGAGGACUAUAUCCAGGAGCUUUCUUCUUUUAUUCAGAAAGAAAAAGCAAAUACCUUAAAAACAAGUCAGCUUUCGCAUUCAGUGAAAUCGGUACAAUCUCACCUACAGCUCCAGAUUCAAAAAAAAGAAGCUGAGAAUGAUCAGUUGAAAUCAUAUAUGAAGAGCUUAAAAGCUGAGAUAGCUGAAUGGAAGCUACAAUUGAAAACAUAUGAGCAGCAAGUUGUUACCCUGAAGCAAACAAAUGAGCAAAAGAAAAUAGCUCUGAAAAAAGCAUCUAAAGUUUGCAAAGAAAGAGCUGACUCUUUUACAGCAAAUAUUGAAGAUCUGACUUCUCAGAUUAGAGAUCGGGAAGCCAAAUUAUCUGAAGCACUUUCAGCUUCCCUUGCCUGGAAAAGUCAUUAUGAGAAAGCUGUAGAAGAAAAGACAGAUUUGGAGGUCCAGGUCGAGACUCUGAAAAAGAAAAUCAUAAAUCUUUUGGAAGAACACAAGAAGGAAGAUCCUGGAAGAAACUCCAGUAAAGAUUUUCUUAGAAAACUUCAUUCUAGCGAUUCAGAAAAUGAAAGCAUUCUUCUUGAGAAUGAAAAAUUAAAGAUCGCACUUGCUAAUUUGGAGGAAAAAGUUAUUUCAGUUGAAAACGAACGCUUGGAAUUACAAGAAGUGGAGAAAAAGCAGAAAGCCCUUGUUGAAGUAUAUAAAUCUCAGGUGAGGGGCCAGAUGGAGUCUCAUUCGAAGGAGUUAGAACGUGUUCAUGGUUUACUGGAGGGGGCUGAGCUGAAGCUGCUGGACUGUCAGGAGAGACUCCUCUACUGCCAAGGGAAAUACACAGACCAGUCCCAAACCAUCCAUGAGCUCCGGAGUCAGAUUGAUGAUAAUCAGAGCCUUUUGAAAACAUUUUCUUUGGAAGAGGAAAAUAGUCCCAAAUUGAAAUGUGAUAACCUUAAACACAAAUUAGAACAGAUGGAUGCAGAAAAUGAAAAGCUUGAAAGGCAAGUGGUAAGCCAAGAAGAGUACCUAAAGAAAAACAAAUUCAAAUUUAAAGAGAAAUCUGCAGAGUACAAUGCUUUGGCCCGGCAGCUGGAAGUUGCUUUAGAAGAAGGAAGACAAAAGGUUUCAGAAGAAAUAGAGAAAAUGACAUCCAGAGAGCAAGUUUUACAAACAAAAAUAUUAGACCUGGAAAGUGAGCUUAGGAAAAAAAAUGAAGAACAGAACCAGCUUGUGUGCAUGUUGAAUACUGAAUCAUAGAAUCACAGAAUUUUGGAGGUGGAAAGUACCUUGAUGGCUGUCUGAUCCAACCAUUACCUAGAAAGGAACCUUCAACACAACAUGCCUGACAAGUGGUUAUCUAGCCUCUGCUUGAAGACUUCAAAUAGGGGAAUCUAACAGCAGUCCCAGCCACGUUUGAACGGCUCUAAUUGUUAGCUCGUCUUUUCUGACAGCGGAGCCAAAAUUUACCUCUUUGCAACUCCUUCCCAUUGGUUCUGCCCUCUGGAGCUAACCAAAAUAAGUCUAUUUAUAGGAACCCUUCAAAAGCUUGAAAACAUCUGUCAUGUUUCUCCUAUGACUUCUCAUUUCCUUCAACAGAUCCUUGUGGGUCUAGGAUUCCAGUCCCUUGUCUCUUAGGCAUUCUCUAACUCCUUACUGUCCCUUCUACACCGGGAUGUCUAUUGUGGAAUUCAGUACUCCAGACGUGGUCUGACCCAAGUACUGAAGGACUAUCCACUUCAUUAUUUCUACAGGGUGUGCCUCUUAACUCCAUUGGCUGUCAUAUCAGAUUGUUAACUCAUAUUGAGCUUGUAAUCCUCUUUAACUACCAGAUCUUUUUCAGACAAACUACUCUAACCACUCCUUCCCAUUUUGAAUACUUAUUUAGUUUAUUUUUUUGAACCCAAGUGUAAGAUUUACGUUUAACCCUAUUUAAUUGCAUCUUAUUCAAUUUACAUCAGUAUUGUAGACACCUAAGAUCUUGACUCUUGUCAUCUAACUUGUUAGGAAUCUUUCCUAAGUCUACAUCAUCUGCAGAUCUGGUUAACAUGUCUUCUGUGUCUUUGCUCAAGUCAUUGAUAAAUAAAAGUGUUACAUAGUAUAGAGCCAGACACAGAACCCUGCAAUUAGAGACCUCUUUCAAAGUUGACACGGAAUCAUUAAUGAAUAUUUUGGGGAUCUGGCCAUUCAGCCCGCUUUGAAUCCAACUACUUUGUCGUUAUCUAGCCUACUACUUUCCAUCUAACUGACAAGAAGAUCUUUACUAAGAUCUAGGGAAAUAAUAUCUACAGUACAUAGAUAGUACUUAAUACAUAGUACUUAAUAACUGUUUAUUGAUUGAUUUCCAUGACCUUCCUGUUUUGCAACCCCGUGAAAAAAGGAAAUAAUAGUCUGUCGUGCCCUGUUCUUGAUGAAGACAUACUGGUUUUUGUAAUAACCAUUUCUUUUUCUAGAUGUUUACUAAACAUUUAUUUAAUGAUCUGUUCUCAAACUGUACUAGGAAUGAAGUCAAAACUCAUUGGCUUCCAGUUUGCAGACUCUAGUGUCUUACCUUUUCCUGAAAAUUGGAACAUUUGCUCUUCUCCAGUCCUGUGGUGCUCAGCUAUCACUGACAGUGCCUUCUUCCCAGUCACAUCCCAGGAUGUGGCUGAUCCAGGCCACCCUCACUUGGCUUAUCUUGAAUGUCUACUCUUUGUUUUCCACUUCAGUUUGUACAUUUAUUCCCCUAGGCCAGUCAAGCACCAAAUGACAAUUGGGGUACCCCUCCUUCUUCCCAUCUAACAUCAGGUGACAGUCUGUUCCUUUCCUUAAUUUCGCCUUCAAGCCCUUUUGUCAUUGUCUUUAGCUCUUCUUUCUUAUUCUGAAUCGUACCCAGUACUGGAAAAAUAAUAUUGUUACUUCCCUUCCUCUUUUCUUCUGGAGUAAAAAGAUGAGAAAUUGAAAAGUUCAGAAGUUAAAUGAUUUUCAGGAUUUUCCCUUAAUUGAAUCAUCAAUAAAAAUGUUGAUAAUAUUUUCAUCAUGACCAAGGUUAUAUUAUUUUUUAUUAUUUUAACAUUGCUCUCCUGAAUUUUAAACUUAUUUUUAAUUGCUAUUAAUUUGAUUCCUAGUUACUACAUAAAAUGAUAAGGAUUAGUUUUGUAUAAAUGAAGCUACUAAAUAAAGCAGAAAAUAUACUGAGAUGGAUAAAAUGAUAUUUUCUAUUUUUUCUAGGCUCUAGGUAAACAUUUUAUGAGACAAAAACAUUUUAUAUUUAUUUCAUCAUUUGUUACAAAUUAAAUGUGUAGAUAUGUUUUAAAAUUAUUAAAAAGAUUAUCUACAUCUCUUAUUUCUCACUCUGGUGGGCACAUAGCAGAUUAUCAAUAAUCGCUUACUUGGCAUUUUUAUAUGUACUUCCCCCUUCUAAGCUCCUUGAAGGCAGAGUUUGGUUCUUGUGCUUAUUCGAGUAGGUAUCACCUGUGCCCAGUGCCUUACACACAGGUCAUUGUGUAUUUAUUGAUGAUUUGAUCAUUCAGUAAUUAAGUGCUGACUACUGUUAAAGUGUGCUUGCUGAUAACUACAGUCAUGGGCACAGGACAGUUGAGCUGUGAGAAUUAGAAGAUGGUGGUUUCUUCCAGUAGCACUAACAAGGACGUGAGCUGCUGUGAACCUGCUUUGAGCCUUUCUGGUCAGUAGAUCAAAGUGAAGAAAUCUAGGAGAUCUUGGUCUGAUUUUCCUGAACAGGCCUUUCCAUGCUGUCACCACACAACUGUCGUCACAGCAGAGAGCCCAGGAACCUAGGGAGACUUAUUUGUGUAGAGAGAGUGGUGUUGCUCUGUGGGUCUAGUUAUGUGGAUGCCCUUCUUUUUGGUCUCUGUUAACCCUGAGCUGCACUAAGGACGGAGGCAGGGAGCCACCAAAAGAUGGAGGCAGUGACGGCUUUUGUCCCAAGGCCGCUGACAGUUGAGUCCUUGAUCCGACCUAAGCCCUGUCUGCGCUGGUGUCAGAGGUGGCUUACAGGACCCUGACGUUCACCUGCGUGAGACUGAGGGGUUUGUGGAUGAAGUAUUUUACUGUGAGGAGUUCUUUUAAUGAACAUCAGAUUACCUCAUUAAACUAUUAGAAUUAUUACCGUUCUUUAACCUUUCUGUGACUUACAAUGGAAUCCAAGCAAUUAGGUUGUAGAGAAGCCACUUUACAAAACAUAAGUUGGAUUCCAUCAGCAUUAAUUGAUCACUUGAUAUGUUCUAGAAGGCGUAGGCGUUAUGUCCUCGUUGUCAUAGUGAACAUUUAUUUAGCACUUUAAGGGUUGGUACAUUCCCCUAUCCACGCUCAUUUUACAGAUGGGGACACCAAGGCUGGGAGGAGAGUGACUUGCCCAGGGUCACACAGCUAAUGCUCUGUUAAAUGUUAAGGCAGGAUUUGAACAUAGAAACUUAACAUCUAGCUGUUCUUGCAACUUGUUCUUCCUCUGAAGUACUUUUAGUAACCACACAUGGUAAAUCUGUGAUAAAUAGUACAAAAAAUAGUACUUUGAUCUGCUCAAAAAUGAGGGAAACUUUCAUUUUGAAAUUUCUCUUAUAAAGUGAAGAUACUAAAAAUGAAAAUAGUCUUAGUGUUGAGAAUAGAUAACUAAAAGAAAUCUGUAGUUUUAUUAUAUACUAAUUUGCUCUUGUGGUAGAAAAUACAGAUUUUGAAGAAAAGUGAAUAGACUGGUUUUGACAAUGUAUAAAUUAUGUCAAAUGUUAAUAGUGCGAUGUCAGAUAUGCAGUGGAUCCUAUUUAUAAUGCCAGUGUCAGAGAACAGAAAUGAAACCUCUAUUCUUGACCAGCCAAGUGAUAGCCAACAUAUCUGUCUAAUUUCAUUUUGGAAAUGUAACUAGAACCCAGGUGUGACUGAGUCUUUGUUUUAAUGAACCUACUGUGUAUAAGUGUGCAAACUAUAGUGAAUUUAAUAGGAAAUAAUAAGUCAAGUAACUUGGCAGAUUUGAAGGUUUAUUCUAUCCCUGCCACCCUCCUCCCUGCCAAAAAAAAAAGUUAUAUUUUGCUGAUGUAAAUCUUUUUACCUUGUAUUUUUUGGCAUAAAUUAUAUCACUAAUGCAUCUUUCACUUUUUUGUUUAGAAGGAACAGCACCAGGAAAUAUGUUUGAAAGAAAUACAACAUAGCCUUGAAAAGACAGAGAAUCAGAAUGAGAAUAUACUGAAUUAUGUACAGUUUAUUAAAAACUCUUAUGUAACCAUGUUUGGAUGAAAUAAUUUCUAUUUUAUUCUAUCCCAAUAUGUCUUUUGAUUUUUGCUAUGGAUCCCCAAAGCGAUUAGGUUAAAAAAUUAUCAUUAUGCACCAAUAACAUCAGUAUAUUAUGAAUCUGUGGUGAGACUAUACGUAUAGUUUUGGAGGAUAAUUGAUGAUUCAGGUAACACUGGAUAAAACAAGAUUGCUGUUACCAUUUUUCAUGAUUGGAGAAUACCUGUUGAAGUACUUUUGGCUUCAGAUGUUUUGGUUAUAGUAAAAAGAAACCCAAAUCAUAUUAUUUCAUGAAUACACAGCCCAAUUCCUUUUCAGUCUAUUUUUUAAGUUGUAAUGAUUCUUGGCCCAGUGUGUUCCAGACACAUUGAUAAUACAUAAAUGCUUUAAAUUAUAAUGCUGAAUAUAUUGGUAACAGAGAAGGAAAUAUAUUUGUCUGGAUUUUAGCUUUUGGUGGUUGUAGCAUAAUAUAAUUUAUAGAUAAUUGAAAAUUCCUGAACCAGUUCAGUUUAAUACUUUGUUUUGUAUGUGCGCUAAAAAUGUCAUUAUCUCUAUUUCAUAUAAAAACUUGGAAUUGUCAUUAAAGAGCAACCAGUGAU